AAUGCUUUAAUAUCUCGUGCAUGUAUGAACCGAUAGCCAUUUUGCAAUCACGUGAUCGAUCGCUUGCGCUACUACUGGGGGAGUUGAGUUCUAUGAGGAGGUGGCACACGCAACGGAGCAGCACUCGCUGAAGAAGAACAAGCCAUUUCCUUCCAGGAAGUCGAGAGGAAAGCAGCAGGAAGCAAAGAUGGCGUCAUGAGCGACCCCGGCCUCCCGCGCGGUCGCCGCUUCUUCUGCCGGGAAUGGGCGCUGGACGUACUCCGGCGCAGCCUGGAUGCCCGGCGCGCGGCUGGGAGCCCGUCGGGGGUCCUGGUGACGGGUGGCCCAGGGGCGGGGAAGACGGCACUGUGCGCUGAGGCGGCGCGGCACGACUCUGAGGCGGGUCGGGCGUCCGGGUUGGCAUCGCGCUGCCUAGUCCGGUACUUCUGCCGACCGGAGGAGCCCGCCGGCGCUCUGCCGUGGCGCUUCGUGAUGGCCUUGGCGGAGCAAUUGAGAACGUCGGCGCCGCUGCCACCCGAGCACGCCGCCGACCUGCGCCGCCGACCGCUGCCAGACGCCCUCGGGUGCCGGGCGGACCCGGAUCUCGCCUUUCAGAGAUAUGUCCUGAAGCCUUUGCUGGACUUGCCUCCGCCUCCUCAGACCAUGAUGAUCCUGGUGGACUCUCUGGACGUGAGCUAUCAGGGAAGUUCCGGGGGCACCGGGAAGAACCGGUCCAUCACGGAGCUUCUGGCGGCUCACCAGAACCUGAUGCCCGGCUGGAUCCUGCUGGUCUGCUCGGUCCGUCGUCAGAGCAAGGCCGUCAGCAAAAUGUUUCCAGGUAGCUCUUGCUCAAAGGCAGUGAUUUUUAGGUACUGCCCGGUCUCUAAAACUUUUUGCUUGUCAGGUUUUCGUAAAGUCUGCCUGGACGACAUGCGUCGGCCGGAACCUGUCCAUGAUGCGCAAAAGUACAUCCUGAAACGUUUGGACAGGGAGGCGGCGCUUCGCCGUCAGGUCACCCCGGACACGGCGGACAUGUUAAAUUUGCUCCACAUAAAGAGCGGCGGCUGCUUCCUGUACCUGGAGCGAGUCCUGGACGGCGUGGCCGCCUCCCUCAUAGGGCUCCGCGAGAUCCGGGAUAUUCCGGGGACCCUCAACGGUCUCUACCUGUGGCUGUGCCAAAGAUUAUUCCCCCGGAGACUAUUUGAUUACGUCAAGCCUCUGCUUAACGUCAUCCUGGCGGCCCCCCGCCCCCUCGCGCCACAUCAAUUGUUCGCAGCGCUCUUGACACGCGACAAACUACUCAGCGUGGAGGAGUUCCAGAACAAGCUCCGCACCCUGGGCCCGCUUCUAGUAGACGGUCCCGAGGGCAGCAAACUCCUUUUCCACAACAGCUUUGCCGAGUGGCUAACAGAUAUUAAGUACUGUACUCAGAAGUACUUGUGCGACCCAGCCGAGGGGCACGGCACGCUGGCCGUGGCGCUGACGCAAAGAGGACCCCGACUGAAUUCGGAGGAGGCCGUCCAACUGGGGACGCAUCUGGUGUGCUCCGGUCACCAUCGGGACAAGCCCUGGAUUCUGGCUCUGUGGAUGAUCUGGGCCGACGUUCCCGCCCUGACGUUGUCCAGAAACGAAUUACUGUCCACGUUGGUAACUCAAGCGCCAGCCUCAACCCACCAGAAAGUCCUUCAGCUCUUCAAGAUUAGCGGACUUGUCGCUGCAGACCCGAGUCUUUCCGCGCACGGUGAAUUGACGGACCCCGAACUCCAUAAGGUCUGCGCUUCUGUGAACCACGGUUCUACUGAUGCGCAGACUUCUCUCGCCGACGCGGUCCUGGAGGGAUCCGCGAAGCAAGUCCGGCUGCUUCUGACCACUGGAUCUGACCCGCUCCUCGGCGACAAACAGGGUCAAACCUCGCUCACGUUAGCCUCCAGACAAGGUCGCGUAGACGUGCUGCGGGUUCUGCUAGACUGGAUGCGGACGCAAGACGUGAGGACCGCAUCAGAGAUGCUGGAGCACGCCGACGCAGACGGCUGGACGGCCUUACGGUCCGCGGCCUGGGGCGGGCACGGCGAGGCGGUGAGGCUUCUGCUGGACGCGGGGGCUGACGUGGACGGGUGCGACGUGAAAGGGCGCACCGCCCUCAGGGCUGCGGCCUGGGGGGGUCACGAGGAGACGGUCCUCAUCCUGCUUGACUACGAUGCUCAAGUAGACACAACUGACUCUAAAGGCCGCACCCCUCUGAUUGCGGCCGCCUACAUGGGACACCCCGAGGCGGCAGGGGUGCUACUGGACCGCGGGGCCCAGGUGGACUUGGCCGACAACGACGGGCGCACGGCUCUGUCGGUCGUCGCCCUCUGUGGCCCUUCGGUACCUGGGCGCCAGGGUUACGGCGAGGUUGCGAGCCUUUUACUGGAGCACGGCGCCGAUCCGGGACACCGAGACAACGACGGCAUGACCCCGCUGCUUCUCGCAGCCUACGAGGGCCACGAUGACAUCGUGGAACUUUUGCUAGACGCUGGCGCUGACGUGGACGAGACCGCUCGUCGCGAGGGGGAUUCGCCGGCCAAGGCGCCAAUGACCCCCCUGCUGGCUGCCGCCGCUAUGGGCCACGUGCAGACGGUGUCCCGGCUCCUCUUUUGGGGGGCCGCCGUGGACGCCAUUGACGACGAAGGUAGGACGGCGCUGAGUCUGGCGGCGGCACAGGGAAGCUCCGAGGUGGUCCGCACACUCCUAGAACGGGGUCUGGAUGAGAAUCACAAGGACGAUCUGGGCUGGACUCCAUUGCACGCCGCGGCCUGCGAAGGCCACAGGGCGGUCUGCGCUGUACUAACAGAGCGAGGUAGCAUGGCGCGGGUUGGCGAAAUGGAUGUCGAGGGCCGUACGGCGCUGAUUCUGGCGGCACAGGAAGGACAUCUCGGCGCUGCCCGAUUACUGCUGGAUCGCCGCUCGCCCAUCGACCACAGGGCCUACGACGGACACUCGGCUUUGAGCGCCGCCCUUCUGGAGGGGCGCAGCGAGGUGGCCGAGCUGCUUUUGCGACGAGGGGCCGACGCCGAUGUGCGAGACGCGGAGGGGAGACCGCUGCUCUACCUCCUGGUUUUGGAUGGGCAGCUAAGCAUGGCCUCUCUACUCCUAGAGAAGGGCGGGCCGCCUCUGGAAUCCAGAGACUCUGAGGGCCGGACCGCCUUGCACGUGGCUUCCUGGCAGGGAAACACGGAUGCGGCGGACUUGCUCUUGAAGCACGGAGCCGAUCCAAACGCUCGAGACGCGGAGGGGAGGCCGCCCUUGCAUUCGAUGGCAUGGACGGGGCGCGCUGAGGUGGGGCGCCGUCUCCUGUCAGCGAGCGGCAUCAACGUAGAUCUCGCUUGCCAUCAGGGGGCGACGGCUCUGAGUAUCGCCGCUCAACAAGGACACGCCGACGUGGUGUCCGUUCUACUGGAGGGAAGGGCCAAUCCCAACCACAUGGACAAAUACGGCCGGACCCCCGCGAUAGUAGCGCGGAGGCAAAAGCACGAUGAGGUGCUUCGGCUCCUGGAAAACUUUGGGGCCAAGCCCUGCCGGAGUCUGGCGCCCGGCACGGUUUCUCCUAAUAAAAAGAUCUCCAUACCUAAAACAGUGACCUCCUCAUCAUCACCGUCUUCAGCGGGUUCCACAGCAGGGUGUCUACACUCCGCCCACAGCUCUCAGACAUCGUCCACCGGACACUCGUUGGCCACCCUGCAGACAGUUCCGGCCGACACCCUCAGCUUCAUCCAACAGAUCCAGCAGCAUUCGUUACCCCGAAGCCGGAGCCGCCCUUCGACACUACCUCCGCCGCCCGGUGGUUUGGGAAGCAACCGGCGGACUCCGCCCGAAGCCGGACCCCCUCUACCUCUUUGCGCCGUCAAUUCCGAGUUGGCCUCUCAAGCUUUGUCCCGUGAAAUGGAAUAUGGGGACCGAAUGAACCAGAAAAACUUGGAGAGAAUACCGGGACUCUGGGAAAAUAAAACUCGCCAAAACAGAAUAAAGGGCCCCCGACAAAAAGAUACUUGGGACCCCCCACCCAAGCACAAUGUUGCUGCGAUGACCUCAGGUGUCAUGGAGGUCUCCAUGCAAACCUCUGACCCACAGCUCAACUUGAAGCAGGCCAUUAAGCUGCAGUUCGAGGGUCCCACCAGGACUUCCUUUUACAAGAGAGAGACGCCGCUAUGACC